CGCAGCGCCCAGAGCAACUCAGGCACUGCGCGGGAGGAGAGGAACAGGCGGCUGGGACCCUCAUGCAGCUAAGUAAGCUCUUCGGCCUCCCCCUGAGCCAGUGCAGACGCUGAUGUCUGUCCCUUAACCUUCCGAAGACAGAGGGCCGUGGCGCUCCGUGAUCCGCUGUUCGGAUCAGGACAAGGGGAAGCCCGCCGUCCCAAGGACCGAGCGGGGCGCGUAGUGCUGGGCGCGCGAAGUGGGAACCCGGGGUGCGGACGCCGGGUACGGGGCACGGAGCGGAGACGCGGAGACCGGGACCCGAGGACAAGGCGAACUUGGCGCGAAGCCCCACCGUCCAUCUCUUUCGCGCGCGGUGCCUGCGGCCGUGGGCACCCUCGCCCGUGGGAAGCGCUGCUCUGCGCGCCCAGAGCCCCGCGCCCCGCGGAGAGUGGGGAGGAGAGGACGCCGAGUCACACGUCUCUUCCAGCAGCGGGGAGGCGACGCUGUCGCGCAACCCAGGGACCCCUGCAGGCCUCAGAUCUCCCGCGCGCCCCGGAGCGCGCCUGCAGCUUCUGAGGGAGCGCGCAGCAUGGGCUGCUUGGGCAACAGCAAGACCACGGAGGACACGGGCGUGGACGAGAAGGAGCGGCGCGAGGCCAACAAGAAGAUCGAGAAACAGCUGCAGAAGGAACGCCUGGCGUACAAGGCCACGCACCGCCUGCUGCUGCUGGGGGCCGGUGAGUCUGGGAAAAGCACAAUCGUCAAACAGAUGAGGAUCCUGCACGUGAACGGAUUCAACCCCGAGGAAAAGAAACAGAAAAUUCUGGACAUCCGAAAAAACGUCAAAGAUGCUAUUGUGACGAUCGUCUCAGCGAUGAGCACCAUCAUCCCCCCAGUCCCCCUGGCCAACCCUGAAAACCAGUUCCGGUCAGAUUACAUCAAGAGCAUCGCUCCCAUCACGGACUUUGAAUAUUCCCAGGAGUUCUUUGACCACGUGAAGAAGCUCUGGGACGACGAGGGUGUGAAGGCAUGUUUCGAGAGAUCCAACGAGUACCAGCUCAUCGACUGCGCGCAGUACUUCCUGGAGAGAAUCGACAGCGUGAGCCUGGUGGACUACACACCUACAGACCAGGACCUGCUGAGGUGCAGGGUGCUGACCUCGGGCAUCUUCGAGACUCGGUUCCAGGUGGACAAAGUGAACUUCCACAUGUUCGACGUGGGCGGCCAGCGUGACGAGCGCAGGAAGUGGAUCCAGUGCUUUAACGACGUCACUGCUAUCAUCUACGUCGCAGCCUGCAGCAGCUACAACAUGGUCAUCCGGGAGGACAACAACACCAACCGGCUGAGGGAAUCCCUGGACCUCUUCGAGAGCAUCUGGAACAACAGGUGGCUGCGCACCAUCUCCAUAAUCUUGUUCCUGAACAAGCAGGACAUGCUGGCAGAGAAGGUCCUGGCAGGGAAAUCAAAGAUCGAAGACUAUUUCCCCGAGUACGCAAACUACACUGUUCCAGAAGAUGCAACCCCAGAUGCAGGAGAAGACCCCAAGGUUACCAGAGCCAAGUUCUUCAUCCGGGACCUCUUUCUGAGGAUCAGCACGGCGACCGGAGAUGGCAAGCACUACUGCUACCCCCACUUCACCUGCGCUGUGGACACAGAGAACAUCCGCCGCGUCUUCAACGACUGCAGAGACAUCAUCCAGCGCAUGCACCUCAAGCAGUACGAGCUCUUGUGAGGACGUCACGCCCCGCCCACCCAGCCCUAUCCAGAGGUGGGCAUCCCUCGGGACAGCGACCUCUCUGCCUCGAGCCAUGUAGUCUGUAGUGUCCAGUGUCACCUGUCCUGUCCUGAGCACACCAGUGCGUGACCACCAAGCCUCUGGCUACCUCUGUCCCCUAGGUUUGGUUUUGUAGCUUUGUUUCCACUAAACACAGCCGUGGCCCUCCCCCUGUCCCUGUCACAGCAGACGCUGGCCCAGGGUGGCACUGUGGUGAUGUCUCUCCUGUGGGGACCCCGACUCACUGAUUAGUGAGCUCAGUAGCGUGGGGAAGGCGUAUGUCCUUUUCAGUUUUGCUGUGAUGAAGCCACAGGCUGUCAGGUGGCCGCCCCUCCCAUCACCUCGGGCCGGGGCUCAGGGCAGGCCGAGUGGUGGGGAGAGAGUCCCUUGCCCCCGGGAGCAUCCACACCGAGCAGAAAGCCCCACAUUCACUCCCAGAAAGCAUCUCCUCUCUAGACCAACCCUGCGCUUUCCCAGUACCUGGACUCGGUCUCCUCCCAUGUUCUCAUUGUUGGUUUAUUACACUGUUCAGACCAUAACCUGAAACCUUCUUUUGAAUCAUGACUCAACCAAACUCCCUGCUGGUUUUUGCACCUCGAUGGUAGCGCUGCACAUGAGAAAAAUGUGUUCUCCCUGUACCAAACAGCUCUGCAGCGACGCAGCCCACUGCUCACUCAGAAGAAAAGGAUGAAGAGCAUUCGUGGGAUGCAGGACAUUUUUAUUGGGCUGCAAUUUUAUAAAAUACUCCUUGACUUAAAAAAGAAAAGUCAGGGCUGGGGAUUUAGCUCAGUGGCUGCCUUGCAAGUGCACAGUCGUGAGUUCAAUCCCCAGUACCAAAAAAAAGAAAGAAAAGUAUACUCAGCCAGGCAUGGUGGCAUUCGUGUGCAAUCCAAGCCCUUGGGAGGCUGAGGCAGGGGUUCGCUGUGAGUUCAAGGCUAGCCUGGACUAGCCUGGAUGCUACACAGCAAGACCCUGUCUCAGAGGAAAAAACAAAAUAAAGCGAGUGUCCAUAAUUGACACCAUGUGUGAACCAUCACGCCUACCACAGCCCCCACCCUAGGAAAUACCAAGCUCGGAUCCAGGCCAUAGACUGCACCCUCUGCUCCAGGGAAUGGGGACAUUUUCCCCAGCCACUUCAGCUCCCAGACCAGCUCCUGGGCAGGUACAGUUGAGCAGCCCUAGACUGCAGAGCAGCAGUGAUCAUCGAGAAGGCUGGGGCUGCCACCCUGGGUGACAGCCAAAGAGGAGGGGAUGUCCAUCAUCUCCCCAAGCAGACCCCUCGCAAAGCCUUUGGCACUGCGCUGAGGUGCCAGGGUGGGGCCCAGAGCCCGUGCAUGCCAGGCAAGUGCUCUGCCUGAGCUUCAUCCCCACCCCACAAAACCCAAACAGACAGCAGACAGCUCCUCCUGCAGGACUGGCACACACAGCCUUGAGAAUCAGAGACUGAGGCUGCUGCUGCUGCUGCUGUGGACCCAGGCACACAGGCAUCUCCAUGGCCUGAGGCCACCGGAGAAGACGCCUGCGUCAGUGCUUCACCUUCCUGAGCCAGACAGCGAGGGCCGCAGCACCUCAGCCACUCUGCCUCUGUUCCUCCGUGUUCUACAGUUGACUCCAGAGGUCAGUGGUUCCCCAAUCAGUACGAGAUCACCCAGACUAAAAUGUCACCUCUGGGAAGGCCAGCAGCAUGAUCCCCGCCCUGCCCACAGCCUCCCCACUUCAGUGCUGGACCCUUUGGUUGGCCUGGGGUAGAACAGAAGGGUCGUCCACCUCGCCAGGGUCUUUCAAAGCAGAACAGGAAGAAAACCAAAGAAAUGCACCUCCAGCAAAGAGGAAUGUGGGAAAGUGUUGCCUCUGCACAUUUCAGGACGGCAACUGGGCUUUCUCAGCACGCACAUGGCCCAGGCUUGGUCCCCAGCACUGCCUGCAACCAGAGAAAUACAUCAAAGCCAGGUUCAAAAAUAAGAACUGUACUCUUAGGGGGAAAAAACACCAGUACAGCUUGUCUGACUUUAAAUCACUGUAGCGUUUAUUUUUCCAUACCACAAGCCACGUCCAAGUCUACUUUCAAGUCCAGGUCUUUGAGAGGCAUGAUGUCAGGUGCCAGCCCAGGCCUGGAAAGGAGAAUUCUGUGUGUCUGGAGCCCUGAUCUCAGCAGUGCAGGGUGCAGGACGAAGCCCAAGGGCAGUGUGCCCUGCUCCCUGAGGUGAAAGGGAGAUCCCAGGACAGAGCCACGCUGGGACCCAUGCUCCAGCAGGGGCAGCUGUGUGCAGGUGACGCUGCCCAGCCCCCUCGUGUUCCACACACAGGAGCUCAGGUGGGUUGCAGGGCAUGUACCCCAUUUUUCUAGCAUGAGGGCAGCGUGGUCUGUUCCUCGAGCAGCCUCACCACGCUGAUGACACAGCUUCCAUGACCCAAAGACGGCACUGACCUGGAGCGGCAUAUGCCACUGCCGCCCCCUCACCUGGCCCUGUGUGUCCUGAGCACUGUCCAGCCGGAUGGGAAAGGCAGGGCCAGCCGCUCCAGGUGAGCCAGGGUGACAACCACGAGGAGCCCCAGCACCCCGAAGUAGGUGGCCAGGACGGUGUCCUCCUGCGGCAGGAAGCACUUGGCAAGGGCGUAGUCUUGCGACGUCAGGCUGGCCUGGGAAAGGGGGACAUACAGCAGUCUGACCCAGGGGCCCUGGCAUCUGAGGCCCCAAAGCAACCACACCCCGGCACAGUGGGUCCCCCUGUGCUAUGGGGACUUGGAACAGAAGCCCUGUGCUGUGUCACAGAGGCUGUGGGGCCGGUAUGAUAGCCGUGUCCUCAGGUUCCAGCCAUGCUCAGCUCGCCCUUCCCAUGGAGCAAGACACCUGCGGACACGGUCCCUGGAGUGGGGAGGUACAGGGGAAGUUAGUUUCCCUGGCUCUUGGCAAGUGGACAGCCGGCUUCUGUGCCGGCCAGUGUGACAGCCCUCUUGUGACAAUAAAGGCCACUGUAGUUACCAUGA